UCGCGCCUUCGCCAGCCAUCGCCAUCAGGCCAUUUGUAUGGAAAAGAUCCCGCACUCAGCGGAAACCACCCGUCGCACUUCAACGUAGGCGAUCUUCCAGCAUACAAAAGCCAAGACAAGCGUCCUUUCGAGUUUUCUGGCCACAUUCGCCGGCACUAACGUAACGGUCGCUAACGGUCGCCAGUCCAAAGAUAGAAAUCCUAGAUCGCGUGCAUAUUUGCCAAACUUUUUUGCUAGACCCAGCAGGUUUCACAACGGCUGUGGGCUUGGGGCUUUCCACCGAUUGCAACGGCAGCCCCUCCCGAUCGAGAGAAAAACGGAUAAAAAUAACUCCCUACCCGGACGCAGCUCGGAGCCCACCACUGCAAAAAUAGCUCGGCGCCUCCAAGCUCGACUGCAGCCCGGUAUUUCCGGCACUCCUGCUUUUUCCCGAUAAAAAUAUCGGCUAUAUUCGACAGCGCUAUUUCCACCAGCAACUAAAACACAAUGGGCCGCAAAAAGAUCCAAAUCAAGCGCAUUGAGGACGAUCGCAAUCGCCAAGUGACUUUUGCCAAGCGCAAGAAUGGCAUCUUCAAGAAGGCCAUGGAGCUGUCCAAACUCUGCGACUGCGAGAUCGCGCUCAUCGUGUUCGACUCGAACGAGAAGCUCUACCAAUACUCGAGCACCAGUGUGGACCAGAUCCUGCUCAAGUACACUGAAUACGGCGAGCCCUACGAAACCAAGGACAACAAUGACUAUGAAAUCAUGUUCGGAGAGAAGAAGAAACAGUUGCAACAAGCAGCCAAGGAGGCAGCGGCGGCAGCAGCGGCUGGAGCCAACGCUGAAGCUUCAGGCAACUUCAACAUGGCCCAUGGAUCGACCCCCAACGGAGCUGCAGUGCAGUCAUUCCAGAACAUGCAUGGAGGCAUGAACGGUGCCUCACUGGGACUCACUAAUGACCCUGACCAGUACAUGCUCAACUCACGCAGUCGACCUCCGACCCAGAAGAAGCGGGUGCAUCGCGGUUUCCAGCAACUUCUCAAAAAGGAGCACGUUGGUUACACCCCACCGUCGCUUCCAUUGUAUCAACACGGGAUGGGGAUGUUAGGAGGAAUGUCAGGUCACCACAUGCUUGGCCCACUACCGAGUCCACCCAACCUCUCUGGUAUUCUGCCGUCACCAACAACCGGCAUGCUCCUUCACGAUUUCAGUCCGCAGAAUGCAGGUCUCUUCGGCCACCACCCCAUGCUCAGUGGAGGAAUGGCAGGAGAUUUUCACGACAACAAGAACAGCGUCCUCGGUCUCAAUCUAGUUCCUUCCGACUUCAGUCACAACGGGGCUGGCAGUGUUCACCCACAGCAACUGCAGCAGUCAAAGGACCAGUAUUACGCUCAGAGUAAGCAGACUGAUUCGCCUGAUAAGUCCUCGGGUGAUCGUCCAAGCUCUCCUGAGCAGUCUGGAGACAAACAGUCCGAUGAAAUAGUGUGCAAGGUUGAACAGUCUUCGGAAACGGAGAAGGAGCAGCCACAGCAAGACGAUGCAACCAGCAGCAAUGAAGAUUCACAGUCUGCUAAGGAGAAUGAGACGACAGACAAGGCUACUCCGGAGAAAGCACUAUCACCGAAGCGUAAGUCGAAAGAGGUUAACCAGGAUAACUCCCGUGCGCGUUCUACUCCGUCAAAGUCGGACGAUGUCCUUGACGCGUCCCCAACCAAGGCACCUACGUCAGAGUCGCGAGCGGCAAGCACCACAUCUGAAGCCAAAGCGUCAAGCAGCACGGACACAGAAAAGCGCUCACGCUCAGAAGUGCUGACAACAGCGUCAAGUCCGCACAAGCGUCAACGUGUGGCCGUUUGAAAUAGUUUACUAGUAACGCAGCCUUUGCCACGUAUGCCUUGAAAAAAAAAUUCACUUCCACUCUCGUCC